GGAUGAAUCCCAUUUCCUCUCCAAAAGGAGAGUAUGCAUUCGUGUUCCCUACUCCUCCUUCUCCCCUAAACCCCUCCGCCUGUAUCACCCCAAAACCCUUCCUCACUUUCCAAAUGAAACGACACCGUUUUCUUCCCAAAUCACUCAAUUUCAACACAAACUCAUGAAAUUUUCUUCACUCUUCACCCCUCAAAUUUUCAAUACACCCCUCAUUACCCAUUACCACACUCUCAAACCUAACAAACCCAACCCUUGGUUCAUCAAAAUAGUCACAACCCUCUUCCUCUCCAAAACCCCACUCAACAACACAAUCUCCAAUUAUCUCAACCACCACUUAACCCCAUCACUCGCAUUCGAAGUUAUCAAAAAUCUAACCCACCAACAUUCACGUUUCAACUUCUUCAUAUUCACCAAACAAUACUUAAAGCUCUCACAUUCAUUUUGGACUUACAACUUCCUUUUCCGCUCCCUUUGUCGCGAAAGUCAACACAAUUCCGCGAAAAUUCUUUACGAUGUUAUGAGGUCUGAUGGGUUAUUACCUGAUGGGAGACUGUUAGGGAUUUUAGUUUCGUCGUUUGCGUUUGUUGGUAGGUUUGAUGUUUGUAAGGAGAUUGUUAAUGAUUGUUUACGUAAUAGCGUUGAUGUGAAUGUCGUUGUUUAUAAUAACAUUCUUAAUAUUUUGGUUAAAUGUGGUAGGUUAGAUGAUGCUGUUAGUUUGUUUAGGGAGAUUGUUAGGUUGAAUUUGAAUGUGGAUAGUUUUACGUUUAAUAUUUUGAUUCGAGGUUUUUGCGUUGCUGGGGAGAUUGAUGAAGCGUUUAGGUUUUUGAAUGAUAUGAGAAAUUUUGGUUGUUGCCCUGAUGUUGUUAGUUAUAAUACUCUUAUGACUGGUUUGUGUAGAGUUAAUGACGUUGAUAGAGCACGAGAUUUGCUAAAAGAGAUUAAUAGUCCUAAUGACGUGAGUUAUAUGAUUGUGAUAUCGGGUUAUUGUAAAUUGAGUAAUAUGAAGGAGGCUUCUUCUAUCUUCAAUGAAAUGGUUAGGUCCGGAGUUCAGCCGAGUGUGGCUAGUUUUAAUGCACUUAUCGAUGGAUUUGUUAAGGCAGGUGACAUUUCUUCUGCAGUAGACAUGCAUAAGAAGAUGAUUUUACAUGGCUGUGAUCCGGAUGUUGUUACAUUCACUUCGUUAAUUGAUGGAUAUUGCCGAGUUGGACAAGUGGACUAUGGUCUAGAACUUUGGAAUGAAAUGAAAGCAAGAAAUUUUUCUGCAAAUUUGUAUACUUAUUCUAUUAUUAUCAGUGCUCUGUGCAAGAGCAAUAGAUUACAAGAAGCUCACGAGCUUCUGAGACUAUUGAAUCAGAGUGAAAUUGUUCCGCAGGCCUUUAUUUACAAUCCGGUCAUUGAUGGAUAUUGUAAAUCUGGGAAUGUUGAUGAGGCUAAUGCAAUUGUUGUAGAUAUGGAAAAGAAAUGCAAACCUGAUAAACUGACAUUUACUAUUCUUAUUAUUGGUCAUUGUAUGAAAGGAAGAGCGUACGAAGCAAUUGGUAUCUUUUACAGGAUGUUGGCGACCGGUUGUUCCCCAGAUGAUGUUACUAUUAGAACUUUAAGUUCCUGUCUUUUGAAAUCUGGAAUGCCUACCGAGGCUGCACGCGUUAAGGAAAUUCUGUUUAAGAAUCAAGGCAGUUCACCGAAAAAUUCAUAUCAUCAAAGUACAGAUUCAGAUACGCAGCAUUCUCUUUAUUGAAGUGGUACUGAAAAUCAGUGGUUAAGCAUUGACUUCCAAUGUUGUCGCUUGAGAAAAUACACUCUUUUGUCUACAUUAUCAGCAAGGGAGUUGGAAUUGUAAACUCCCCCAAAAUUCUGCUGAUGUUGUUGGAAUGUGCAGGUUCAUGGACAAUGCAUGUCUAUUUGGUUUUGGUAGUACUUGGAAUGGAAGGUUUUGUCAUCAAAUUUCAUACACUUGACAAAACACUGAUUUAGGGAAUGAGCCUACCUGGUUAAUAACAAGCUUGAUGCUUGUUGGAUGUCAUUGAAGAGGUUAUGGACAUUGGACAUUACAUGUCUCUUUGGGGAAGGAUGCUAUAAAUCAAUGAUAACCUAUCCUGAAGUUGUUAGUUAUUUAAGACCGUAUAAAUCAUAAGGUAAUGUCUGUAUGAACUUGCUUGCAUUUCAUAAUGAAAGCAAGCUUCUGAAGGAUCUAUCUUUUGAUCAUAACUAGUUGAGAGACCUGUGCUGAGCAUGGGUAGUGCGGCUGCGCCUCACGUGACAUGUGCGAUGUUGAUUGUUGGCAAAUAAUAUAUUACAAAUUUUAUAGUCUUUAAGCAAUAAUUAAUUAAUUUCAAUUUAAAAUUUAA